GAAAACAGCUGUUUACGAAAUUUAAAGAAAAAUACAAAUUCCGAAAUUCAGUAGAAAAAUACAUCUUUUGCGCCAUGAAUGGUUAUAACUGUGGAAAAGAUAUUGGUCUUGCUUGGAUACGACCACCAGAGACAGAAAUUGCCUUUCCGGAUAUAAAGAAACCACAACCGAUUGGAUUUUUCAGCCUCGAUUCAGAUCGUGACUUUGGAGCCAACGAUAUUCAAUUGCGGUAUUAUAAACCUCCAAAUGUGGAUUUAUUUCCACUUGAUUUGAAUAUAGGCUUGGAUAGAGCUAUUCAUAAGCCCGAGUCCGCAAGAAAUGAACUGCUGGAUAAUUUAUUGAAGUUCAUCUUUGAUCACUAUCAAAAAAUAUUCAGUAAUGGCCAAUUUCCAGAAUUUGUUUCAUGGCGGGGACUUUUAAGGCUUCUAAUGUGCACUCCCUAUGAAUACCGGCAGGACUGGUGCAUACAUGUGACACGUUUUAAUAAUACCAUUUAUUUGGUUGAAAGAGAAACAGAACAAAAAAUAUAUGAAAGAUCACAGGAGACAACGUACCAAAAGAAUUGUGCCGCUUGGGGCUUCAAGUUUGAGCAGUAUUGUUUAUCAGAAUCACCUUUUAGAGGACCGGACACUAGCUGUCCUGUCAAUGAGUGCGAAGAAUUCUCGAUGGUAUUUCAGACACGAUUAGGUGGCAUGAAUUUGUUAUAUGGCGCAGAAAUGGAUGGUGUUGUUAGCGAUCAACCUUUACAACUCAAUUACGAUAAGCCCAUAAUUGAGCAUCUUAAAUUUGUGGAGUUAAAAACGCGUCAGGCACAUUCAAACGAACGUCAAAGAACUUCUUUUCUUAGACAUAAGUCUCGAAAUUGGUGGUGCCAAUCCUUUCUUGUUGGCAUCGAAGAUCUAUACGUUGGUAUACGUAAUGAAAAAGGACUAGUAAGAAGUAUUGAGCACGUCGAAACCAGAUCUCUUCCCAAGUCAGGGGCGCAAAACCAUUGGUCACCUUGGGUUUGUGCAAAUUUUCUUUUGCAAUUUUUGAGCCGUUUAAAAACCAUUACAGCCAAUGAAAAUUGUCCCUAUAGUGUAUAUGAAUUUUAUUUUAAUGCAAGGACAGGACAAAUCAAAUCUCAAUUUAUUCCAGGAAAAACUGAGCAUUCCUUCCUGCCAAGUUGGUACAUAGAAUUAGUAAGACGACAUAAUAAAAGCAAUACAAAACUAAAUUAGUUUUAUAGAUUUGAACAAAAAGUGUUUCUUAAUUUUUUUCUAUAUGCAUGAAGGGUUCAGAGGGCUCAUUAUUUUUAACUAUGUUUAAAAAGUACAUAAUCACCACAGUGUGGUUGUGAUGUAAUUAAUUGUAGUAAUAAAAACUGGUUUAUA